AUGAUAAUACAAACGAAUGUAGCAAAAAAAAACGAUAAAAAAGAGCAAGAUAUGAAUAAAUUGGACAAAAUAUUUAAAAUGAUGAAAUCCAUGAUGGUGAAAUUGGAAACUCUAGACGAAAUCAAGGAGCGCAUUCUAUGCGUUGAGAAAGAUGUAAAACAGAUGAAAGAUUCGAUUGAAUUCGUUCACGCCGAAAUUAACCAUAUGAAAAAUGAAGUCGAGAAAACGAAGCGGUCUGAUGAGGAAAAUAAAAGGGAAAUCCGCGAGUUAGAUGAUACAAACCGUCGGCUACAAGAAAGCGUUGUCGACCUUAAAGCGCGAUCUAUGCGUGAUAAUCUGCUUUUCUUUAACGUAAAGGAAGACGAAAAAGAAAACACAACGGAGAAGAUUUAUGAUAUCCUAGAACAAAAUCUAGAGAUUUUUGACGCAAGAAACAAGGUAAAGAUCGCUCGUUCCACCGUGUCGGAAGGAAACGUGUUAGCCAACGAAAGCAUAGACCGUGCGAGGCAGAGAUGA